AUGCCCAUGAGCAAGUCGUCCCGUUGCUCAGGAUGGGAAGUCCGCUUGGCGGAGGAGCGCCGGAGAACCCCUACAGGUCUCACAAACCCUUAUGCGAUCGACGAAUUGUCUGACCUCGGCGAGAACAAGCAACACGAGCUCGACGAGGCUACUCAAUUGGUUCUGAAAGGCUUCACUCCAUCUCAACGUACCUUUGCUGUUGACAUCUCGUAG